GAACAAACUAUUGAUCCACAGAGAUCUAUAACUGAUCAGGUUUUCUAUGACAAGGCCUCGACCUUUGACCUCCUCCUCAGGGUUUCCUCGCGGAGGUUGAAGCAGUCUCUCCGUCGGACUCGGUCUCAGCCUAAACUCUCUCGUCACAGCAGCCUAAAGAUCGACCACAUCAGCUCCUCUGACACCAGGUAACACAAACACACGUUAUUGACAAUUAAUCAAUACGUUUUCCAGAAUCUCGCAGGUGUUGUUUCAGCCUGAAACCUGGAGGGGUCACCUGGGUGGUGCUCUGUUUAAGACUCCUGAGCUCAUCAUAGGACUACAGAUUAUCUGGGGUUGCAUUCAGAGAGAUUCCCCCCUGGUGGUCAGGUGAUCAGACACACCUGGUAAAUCCAGACAGGUGGUGAAGGUGAACUGAGCCAGGUUCAGAGCCUCUACUGCUGAGGCAGCUGGGGAGAGACCAGAGAAGGUUUAGUAUUACCUGUCGACAGGUGUGAGGGACAAGCCUCAGGUGUUGGACAAGUCCUGGUUCUUGUAGAUGAGGUAGUUCUGCAUAAAGGUACGAGCAGGUAAAUCUGGAAGGUUUUCUGUGGAACAUGAUUGACCUGUUACAGGUGAUGACAGGUGUUCAGAUGAUCACACUCUCACCAUGUGAUCCUGCUGCUUUAAUGUCCAUCACGUAUAUUCUGUUUGUCUACAGGAGAGGGAGCAGAGAGGAGGGGGGGUUAAUCCCUGUAUAUGAACCCUACACAGUGACAAUGGGUGAGGAGGGGGAGUGGAUUAAAUAAGAAAGGAGAGAGGGAGAGUAACAGUGACAGAUGAGGAGAGAGGAGAUAGGAGAGGAGAGGAGGAAGGAGAGGAAGUAGGGCACCCUCACUGCAGGGGAGGGGCAACUACUGACAGAGACUGAGGUCGAGUCACAUAGAGAGACAGAGAGACAGAGAGAGAGAGAGAGAGCUGAAGCCGUGUAGCAUCAGUAGCAGCAAGCUAACAGACAGACAGACAGACAGAGAGAGAGUGAGACGGGUCUUCAGCCUUUCGUCAGCAUCAGGAUCAGCAGGUUCUCCAUCUUCUUUCUCCUCCUCCUCCUGUUCACUGCUGAGGGAGAACAUGGAUCCAUAACCCCCCCGCACCUCCUCCUCCUCAGCAUUCACGCAGAAUGCUCGGUGUGUGAUGCGGCGGCUGCGUUGUGGUAGCCAGGAGUCGUUGCUAAGCGCCGGCUGUGUGUCGUCUCUGGAGCUCAGGAUGGACCAAUCAGUGAUCAUCAAACCGGUUCACUCCUCCCUGCUGGGACAGGACUACUGCUUCGAGGUAACGACCUCGACAGGCACCAAGUGUUUCUCGUGUCGUUCAGCGGCAGAGAGAGAUAAAUGGAUGGAGAACCUGCGACGAGCUGUUCAUCCCAACAAAGACAACAGCAGGAGGCUGGAGAACGUCUUGACGGUGUGGGUCAUCGAGGCCAAAGAUCUACCCGCCAAGAAAAGGUACUUCUGCGAGCUGUGUCUGGACGACAGUCUUUACGCCCGGACGUCGUGUAAACUGAAAACCGACAACAUAUUCUGGGGAGAACGGUUCGACUUCAGCAGCCUGCCCUCCAUCAGUGCCGUCACCCUCCACCUCUACAAAGACACCGACAGGAAGAGGAAGAAGGACAAGAGCAGCUACGUCGGGUUGGUCAAUAUCCCUGUCGCCAUGGUGACCGGCAGGCAGCUGGUGGAGAAGUGGUACUCAGUGAGCACGCCCAGUACAAGCCGAGGUAAGUCGUCGGUGCCAACGGUGCGGAUCAAAGCUCGGUACCAGAGCAUCGUCAUCCUGCCAAUGGAGCAGUACAAAGAGUUUGCAGAGUACAUCAGCUCCAACUACCUGCUGCUCUGUAACACGCUGGAGGCUUCCAUCAGUCUGAGGGCAAAGGAGGAGCUGGCUGCUGCGCUCGUCCACAUCCUGCACAGCACCGGAAAGGCAAAGGACUUCCUGACAGACCUGAUGAUGUCAGAGGUGGACCGUUGCCGUGACAACGACCAGCUGAUCUUCAGAGAGAACACGCUGGCAACAAAAAGCAUUGAGGAAUACCUGAAGCUGAUUGGACAGAAGUACCUGCAGGAUGCCCUCGGUGAGUUCAUCAAAGCUCUGUACGAGUCUGAUGAGAACUGUGAGGUCGACCCAUCUCGCUGUUCAACCUCUGACCUUGCAGAGCAUCAGGCCAACCUGAGGAUGUGCUGCGAACUUGCCUUCUGCAAGAUCCUUGACUCAUACAGGGUCUUCCCCCGUGAGCUGAAGGAGGUGUUUGCAUCAUGGCGACAGGAGUGCAGUAAUCGAGGGCGGCCGGACAUCAGCGAGCGCCUCAUCAGCGCCUCGUUGUUCCUGCGCUUCCUGUGUCCAGCUGUGAUGUCACCGUCUCUGUUCGACCUGAUGCAGGAAUACCCCGACGAGCGCACGGCGAGAACUUUAACCCUCAUCGCCAAAGUCAUCCAGAACCUUGCCAACUUCAGCAAGUUCGGCACUAAGGAGGAGUACAUGCUGUUUAUGAAUGACUUCGUGGAGCGGCAGUGGAGCAGCAUGCAGCGUUUCCUGCAGGAGAUCUCAAACCCAGACGGACUGAACCACACCGCCGGCUUCGAUGGAUACAUCGACCUCGGCAGAGAGCUGUCGAGUCUGCACACCCUGCUGACUGAGCUCGACCAGUCGUCCCUGUCGAAGCUCGGUCCUCUCCCUCGGAUCCUCAGAGACGUGUCGGCGGCGCUGGCUAACCCAGGGGGGGUGGCUAAUCCCGUUUCGUCUCCGGAGCCUCAGAGGGUGGUCCCCCCCCCCCCACUGUCACCACCCCCAAUGUCCCCACCCCUCUCUCCCCCCCUGGCCACCUGUAAUCCCUCCAUCGGCCUGCAGGGUGGCGUCGGACUGGAUGGAGGUUUGGUGGAUUUUACCAGACUUCCGUCUCCGACUCCAGAAAACAAAGAUCUGUUUUUCGUCACAAAAGGAUCCAGUCUGCAGCCUGCAUCAGGCCUACAGGGCUCUCCCGCUCCAAGCUCUUCCUACUCGGAGCCUAAUGAAAACGAGGCGGGGUUUGAAAUGACCAAUGACGGCAGGAGGGAGGGGCCAGAGCUGACCAACGAGAGCCGCAGCCUGUCCCUGGUCGACCUGCAGGACUCCUCCCCUAGCGACGGCCUCGACGAUAGCCAGUGGCAGCGCAGGACGGGGCUCCUGCCCCUCUCCUUCCAGAACCCAGUGUAUCACAUGACCACCACGUCUCCACGGCAACCACAGCAGCAGACGGAUGCCACGCCCUCGGACGGUUCGGCGGGGUCGCAGGGAAACGCCGACGACAGGAUCGCCAUGGCAACCAAACCAGCGUUUCUUACCCAGAUGUCUGUGGGGCUGGGAGGGGGGGAAAGGGGGGACAGGACAUCAGCCAUGUCGAGCAGCAGCAGUGGAGAAGAAUAUUCCAGACGAGCUCUGUCUCUGACCGAGACACUGACAGGUAGCUCUGCCCCCCCUCGUCAGAACUCCUCAGGCCCUCAGAGACGCAUCGAUCAGCCUCCUCCCCCCAAUUCUGCCCCUCCAGGACCUCCUCGAGGCCGGACACCUCCCAGCAUGCUCAGCGGCGGAGGCUCCGCCUACCCUCCCCGCCCCGCCUCUGGCAGCAUGUUGUCAUCUAGCCCCGAUUGGCCGAGCAGUGGCCAGUCACGUCUCAGACAAACAUCGUCAUCAUCUAAAGGAGACAGCCCCGAGAAACAGCGACCUGCUGCCAAGGCUCCCUCUCCCUGUGCGUUGGACCGGACGGCCGCCUGGCUGCUCAACAUGAACUCUGGCUCCUCCUAUGGCGAAACGGAGGAUGAUCGCCAUGACGAUGCCCUUGUUGAGAAGUACCAGCAGGAGAUUGCGUUGCUGCAGGAGAAGCUGCGAGUGGCGGCGCUGCGUCAGGAGGAGUGUGAAGCUCGUCUAAUGGUCCAGGAUCAGCAGAACCAGCGGAUGCUGCAGGAAUACCAGGCUCGGCUGGAGGACACAGAGAGCAGACUGAGGAGGCUGCAGGACGACAAAGACCUGCAGAUGAACAGCAUCAUUAGCAGGUUGAUGGCUGUGGAGGAGGAGCUGAAGAAGGAUCACUCUGACAUGCAGGCUGUGGUCGACUCCAAACAGAAGAUCAUAGAGGCACAGGAGAAGAGAAUAGCGAGUCUCGACGCGGCGAACACUCGUCUGAUGGCGGCUCUGACUCAGCUGAAAGAGCGUUACGCUGUGACAUCACAGAGGAAUGGUCUGUCACCUAGCAACACGUCGUCGCUGCAGAUCACAGAGAACGGGGAGUUCCGCAACUCUGGCAACUGUUGAGCAACCUGCUGCUGGGCUCUGAUUGGCUGUGAUUGCAGGGAGGGGGAGGGGCUUAUUGCAUGUAAGAGGAGGCUGGAGGUGGAACUAAUUCAUGGACCAACCAAGCAACUCUGUUGUAGAUUCCACAGACCUGUCAAACAACCUUCACCUCCCACAGAGACAGAUCUGACCUCUGACCUGACUCUGCCCCUCACUUCCUGUUUUUGUUUUGCAUGCUUCCUCUGAACAUUUAACAUCAUAUCCUGUUUCCUGUUGGUACUUCCUGUUCAGAGCUGGAAACCUCCAACAACCAAACUGACCAUAAGGUUCUGCUCCACCCCCCCCACCCCCCACCCUUUUACCUGGAUAACCUGCACCUGUUUACCUCGAUCACCCUCACCUGGGUCACCCCCACCUGUUUACCUACACAGCUCCACCUGUAUGUGGUUCUGGUGGAGUCAGACCAAUCUCCCUGUAUCUGACUCUGAUUUAACCCGGUCAUAUCUGACGGUCUCUCUGAUGUCACGGCGCCCCAUUGCUUGAUGGGAGCUCAGAGCUGUUGUGGAUAUUUAUCACGUUUAGGUUCUUUAUGUUUCGAUUGUGAUUUAGAGGAGCAGCCAUGUUUCAGAUCAGCCUGUGUACAGAGAUGGGUUCUGUUAGCCUAGCUUAGCACAAAGACUGAAAGCAGAGGGAAACUGUUAGCCCAGCUCCAUGUGAAUAGAACAAACUUUAUCAGACUAUGUGGAUCUGUUGGCCGCUCUGGGCUUCCGUAGCGUUGAACAUUAGUUGAUCAGGGGUCGUUGACCUCCAGAGAGUUAGACGUUAGUUUGUGUUGUUUCAGAGAUUCUACAGAUUUUAAUGUAAACAUCAGAUUUUAUUGUUAAACAGUAAAAACUCUUUAAAUUGU